UUCCUUAGACAUGGGCUAAGUUGUCGCAUAAACUGCUCAUCUAUUUUUUAUACCAAGUUACCACUAAGUAAAUUGUCAUCAGCAAGCUGUGUUUAGAAAUAGUUGGGAAUUGUUAUCCCCUACUUUGGGUAUUCUUUUUAUGCCAGACAGCACUGAAAAUAAGUACCUUGGUUACUGUUAAGAUAGGCCUAGAAUAUUUACUGGAUAGUUUUUAAAAAGUUGCAGUUAUCUUAAAUAAGAUGCAGAAGAACCUACGAUGUUCUCAGUGUCUUCUCUUAUAUGUGUGUAAAAUACCCCAGUAGCUCCAGAAGAGGAGCUUGAAUAGAUGGCUAUGAUAGAAACUGUGUGACUACCCCAUCAUAUGAUCAAAUCAGCAAGCAGCAGGAGCCUCUGCCUUGAGUGGCACCUUCAGAUACAUAUGCCUUUAAGUUCCCUAACGUCAGAUUAAUGGCAGUAGGAGUAUUUCUCUCUUAUUGGGUAUGGCUGGGAACUCCCCAGGCAUAGGAGGAGCUGCCAAGUUAAACUAGAGGUGGGACUGUACCUGCAAGCAGUGGAGACUGAGCAUAGAAGAUGACCAAGAAAACCCCUUCCUAGUAGCACUGGAAAGCUUUUACCACUCAGCACACCUUUCCUUUCCUAGUAUAUGACAAGGUAGUAGCCUCGAGCUGAGCCAGUUUAAAAAUUCUCAAGGCAUCAGGAGCUCAGAAGCAUGUCAGGGAAGCCCAGGCUCACCUAUAUCAAUGGAAGAGGGCGAAUGGAGACCAUCCGAUGGCUGCUAGCUGCAGCUGGAGUGGAGUUUGAAGAAAUUUUUCUGCAAACAAGAGAGCAGUUACUGAAGUUAGGCCAAGAUGGAUCCCUGAUGUUCUAUCAAUUGCCACUGGUUGAGAUCGACGGGAUGAAGUUGGUGCAGUGCAGAGCCAUCCUCAGCUACAUAGCAGGGAAAUACAAUCUCUAUGGGAAGGACUUGAAGGAGAGAGCCCUGAUUGACAUGUAUGUGGAAGGAAUAUCAGAUCUGAUGCACUUGAUUUUGAUGUUUCCUUUCUCUCCACCUGAGGCAAAGGAGAAAAAUAUUGCUACAAUUGCAGAGAAGGCAACAGAGAGGUACUUCCCUGUCUUUGAAAAGGUUUUGAAACAGCAUGGCCAAGACUUUCUUGUGGGAAACAAAUUCAGCUGGGCAGACGUUCAGCUCAUGGAAGCCAUUUUAGCAGUGGAGGAGAAAGUACCUUCUGUGCUUUCUGGGUUUCCUCAGCUGCAGGCUUUUAAAACCAAAAUGAGCAACAUGCCUACAAUUAAGAAGUUCCUGCAGCCUGGCAGCCCAAGGAAGCCCCCACCAGAUGAAAAUUAUGUAGCAACUGUGAUGAAAAUUUUUAAGCUAGAUUGAGAGCAAUGUUAACUUCACUAAGUCCCAAAGUGCUGGAAAGAAAGACAUCAAAACCCAAACCCUUGAAGGAAGUAGGAAACUCAGUAAAGUUUUUUUUGGUACUUAAAAGCAAUGGUAGAAAUAAAUAGAAGAGUGAAAUAAAGCAUUCUGUUUACUCUGGCAGUGUGACAGCAGAUUUGCCUUUUUAGGUGUCUAAUGCUUUGCAGCACAUGCAAACAAAGCAGAAUGGAAGCAAAGAACUCUGCCAGAGUAGGGAACUUACUCCUUUGUAAGGAGAGUGAUGAAGUGCUAGUAUGGAAGAAUGAUCCAAGGGGUGGAACCCCCAUGCUGUGAGGACAGGCUGGGAGAGCUGGAGCUGUUCAUCCUGGAGGAAGGAAGGCUCCAGGGAGACCUGAGAGCACUGGAACAGGUUGCCCAGAGAGGUGGUGGACAUCCUGUCCUUGGAAACGUUCAAGGUGGGUCUGGAUGUGGCUCUGAACAAUCUGAUCUAGCUGUAGAUGUCCCUCUUCAUUGCAGGAGAGUUGGACCAAACGGUCUUUAAAGGUCCCUCCCAACCCAAAAUAUUCUGUCUCUAUGACUCUGUGAAAAUAGGUUUCAAAAUAAUGACUACAGAAGAGAACAAAGAGGAAAAAAAAAAGAAAUUGGAAAAAAAUUUGAAAGGUGCAUCUGGUAAAGAGAAAAGA